UAUUUGUUGCACGAAUUUGGAGGAGAACGCUUCUUUUGGAAUUCCCGCGCUUUUUCGAAUCCCCUUCUAUAUUCAGCAACUGGAUUGUGUGUUGCAGAAAAAUGGGACAGGUUCAAUUCUUCGCUUUUGUCCUUCUCACCACAUUUUUACUUGCUCAUGCCACUGAAAAAUCUCCCUCAACCAACGAAACUUCCACUAAGGAAGUAGCCAUCAACAGGAAAGAACGUCUGAAUCCUUUGUCUAGUCUGAGCGGUGGACUUCUGAAUCUCUUAGGUGGUGGAGGUGGUGGCGGACAAGGAUCUGGAUCUUCAUCUGGAGGCACAAGUCCUGGGCUGAGUAUCCAAAAUGGCCUCAAGGGUAUACAAAGCAUCCAGAAGUUCGUAUCGAAAUUUCAAAACAUCAUGGGACAUCCCUUCUCUUUCCGUGGUGUCUCUGACACCAUGGCCACCAUGACUGGUCUUCUCGCUGCUGUUGGAGGAGGAUAUUUGACCUAUGUGAGUAUGGUGGCACUUUUUGGAAGCCUCAUGGAUCCCCAAAACACAGCCUACCAGCAUGCUUAUCCCUCACCACCAUACCAAUAUGCUCCACCACAACAUAUCAACGUCAAUGGACUUCAGGCUUCGGCAUCUGCUUCCCAAGGUUACAACAGGAGGCAAUCUACAGAUAGCAGUGGACUGUAUUUUGGUUCUCACGACAUUGGCAAAAUGUUCCGUUCAGUGACCAACUUUAACUAUCCUGAGGCUUCUUUCAAGCUGUUGAGGAUCAAGGACGAGGCCUGCAAACAAAGGGCUGUCUGUGAAUUUGAAAAAUUUCUUGCCAAGAAAGGCGUGGCGUCUGUCAUUCUGAAGGGCGUAAGCAAGAAGAUAACGGGUAUGGAAAAAUACCUAGAUGCUGCAUAUCGAGGCCUAGCAAAUGAAGACUGCAGCUACGCUUUCUCAGCUUGCCCUUACAGCUUCGGUCAAAUGGUGCUAAAAUCCGUCGGCCUCAGUUAGGAAAGAUGGAUUGUCUCACGUUUUUUUUAUAAUUAAGGAAUCAAGAACUGUGAUUACUAUCUUAGAAUAAGCCCAUAUGGCUACACAUAAUUCUACUAUCAUUAUGAACUCAUGGCUGAAAUAGGUUAUUGGUUCAAGUUCAAACAUUUUUAUACAUCAUUGAAAAUCCAGUUUUAUUUAGAAUUAAAUAGAAUCAUGGAUUUUCAGUUGUUUUAAUGCUGAAUGCUUUUAUAAGAAUGACUUACUAAGGGACUACUCAUUUAAUACAUAGCGAAUUCUUUUUAAUGAAUCUCUUCUCCAAUUCUCUUUUUAGUACUUUACGAAUUCUCUCUUCUUUCAUAACUUUCCUAUUAAAAUCUAAAUCAAUUGUGAGUAACACAAACUAAAAAAAGCUUUAUUUCCAGCUUUCAUGAACAAAUCAUUAUCUUUUUUUCUAGAUUUCUCUCAUUUGAUAUUUUUUCAUGCUUUUAUUUAAUUUGCGCACAUAUUGGAUCAUGAUGAAUAUACUAAGAUUUUUUUUUCUGCGUCUUGAUUUUUUUCUGUGUGUAUUUGUAUUUAAUUCAAUUUUUUAAUCCUAUAAAGGAUAAGGGCUAGCUGGUUUAGUCAUGUUUUUAUUGUAUUUUUAUUGAAAUAUUGUUAUUUUUUUGAAGAUUUAUAUCAAUUUUAUUUUAAUAUAUGCGUAUUUUCUAUAUAGAAUGUUUAUUUAUUCUAAAAAAAUGAAUUUGAAUGAAGGGUUCAAAGACUGUUUAAUAAAGAUAUUUUUAUACAUGUUAUUAUUUUUAAACAGUACCAGGUUGUUGUGAAUUUGUGAUUCUCUAUGCUAUUUAAAGACUAUUCCUUACUUUAUAAAGGAAUAGCUGGAAAAUAUGGAAAACACUAAUAAUUUUUAAAAGUUGGAUAAUAACAAGAAUUUUAUUUAACAACAACAACAAUUAAUGUAUUUCCUGAAAUUGACUUUCUCUUUUUUUGAUGUAGUGUACUAAAACACAACUUUUAGCAUAUGCACUUUUGUAUAUUCUAAAGUAAUGAAGAGAUCUUUGACUCAUACAAUUAUUGUGAGCAAUUUUAGUAUACUGCAUCAAAGAGUUUGAAAUGUAAUCUCUAUGAGAUUUCCACCGAUUGUUACAAGUUUAAUCAUUUAGAAAAUAUUUAUUUAUUUUAAGAUAGAAAUCUGUGUGUAUAUCAGAACUUUAUAAAUAUAUAUAAGUAAGAACAUUACUUCUAAUUUUUUUGAAACUAAAGAUGUAUUUUUUUCUUUAUAAUGUUAUAUGUUGGGUAUUUUUCCGUUGCUCAGAAACUGCCAAUAGCAGCUAUAUUUAUUUAUUAAA